AUGAAUCACUUUUCACUAAUCGCCUUUGCCUGUACCUGGCUCCUCCAAACCCAGGUAACCAGCUCAUUACCAACAUCCAAUCUCGAGAAACGAACAGCUCGCACAAGUCCUCCAUCAGGAUGUCUCGUCGUACGCGGAUCCGGUACACAAUCCGGCGAAUAUAGCACUCUUUCAGCAGCUGUAACCGCUCUCGGAUCAAGCACAGCCAAUACCUGUAUUUUCAUCUACAGUGGCACAUACAACGAAGCUCUGCGAAUUGCGUAUGGAGGAGCAUUGACAUUUUAUGGCGAGCAAAAAUACAACACCGUUACGAUCACCCGCAACGAAAGCUCCACCGAAGCCGGUAAUUUGGACGACUCCUCCGCAGUAAACGUCGUAAGCUCUAACUUCAGGGCCUACAACAUCAACUUUUCAAACAAACAUGGUCAGGGCGCGCAAGCCGUUGCAUUGACCGCCAACGGCGACCAGCAAGGUUAUUAUGCAUGCGGAUUUUAUGGCUAUCAAGACACGUUGUAUGCCAAAGCGUGA